AUGAGCUCAAGAGGUGCUUCCGCCACUGGCCGGCCGGCUACGGUCUCUAACCGUGCUAGCAAAGUCUCAGAAGAAACUGCGGCAAACAGGAUGUGGGAUGUUUUCACCAAUCUAUAUGAUGCCACCACCAACAAGGAUGGGUUCGUGAACGUCGGAGUGGCAGAGAACUUCCUUAUGCAUGGAACAUUACUUGAAUAUAUCCGCAAGCACUCCGACUUGCCUCCGCAGUAUCUGACAUACAAUGAUGGAGGCGAUGGGUCCCGCAGGCUGAAGACGGCUGCCUCACGGUUCCUGAACCGUCAUUUGAAGCCUGUGGUGCCGCUGGAACCUGAACAUCUACUGGUGACUAAUGGGGUAUCGGCCGCCAUCGAGCAUUUGGCGUGGGCCUUUGCAAACCCCGGCGAAGGCAUCCUGCUCGGCCGACCCCAUUACGGAGCGUUUAUACCGGACAUGACAUCUCGUCCCGAGGCAGAGGUGGUUCCGGUAUCGUUUGACGAUAUAGAUCCCUUUGAAGCUCGAUGUGUGACCAAAUACGAACGAGCAAUGAUGGACUUUGAAGCACGAACAGGCAAGCGGGUACGGGCAUUGAUGCUGUGCCACCCGCACAACCCGCUCGGACGAUGCUACCCCCGCGAAACGAUCAUUGAGCUGAUGAAGUUCUGCCAGCGGUACCAGAUCCAUCUUAUCAGCGACGAGAUAUACGCCAUGUCCGUGUGGGAGAAUACCAUUGACACGGCACCAGGCACACCGCCACCAGUAAAGUUCAUCUCGGCCCUCUCGAUACCCACGCAGGGGCUGAUCGAUGGCAACCUGCUGCACGCCCUAUGGGGGAUGAGCAAGGACUUUGGCGCCAACGGUCUGCGGGUGGGCAUAAUCAUAUCUCAGUCCAAUCCGGAGCUGAUGGCCGCCAUCAAGGGCCCAACGCUGUACUCGUACGUUUCAGGGCUAUCCGACCACAUUGUCUCGAGCAUUCUUGAGGACGAGGCGUUCACCGAUCGGUACAUCGCGGUCAAUCAGAUGAAGUUAUCUGAGUCCUACGCCUUCGUCGCUCAGGCGAUGCGGGACCACAACAUCGAAUACGCGGUGGGCUGCAACGCCUCGUUCUUUGUGUGGGUGAAUCUAGGCAAAGCGUACCUGCGAAACAAGCGGGUGCCGAUGCCAGCAGACCUUACUCGCACGGUAAUGGACGAGCUGAUAUCGAAGCGGGUGUUCCUUGCUGACGGAACGGCGUUUGGGUCGGAGAAGCCAGGCUGGUUCCGCAUUGUGUUUUCUCAUCCUCGGCCGUUCUUGGAUGAGGCGUUGGGUAGAAUCAUGGCAGCCAUAGGGGAGCCGUACAAGCAUGCAUCGAAGCCCGAGUGUAGCGUCCGCGCAAAGCUUUAG